CAAACAUUUUCACUCAUUUUCCAGGUCGGUUUUAUUUAGAGGCGGUGCCCGGCUGCCCAAAGGCGUCCGGUGACACUCCGGUGCCGCUCCGCCGCUUUGGGGGCCCCCGCAGCCGGCGCCGCCACCGCCUCCUUCCCCGCAGCCGUCGCCUAUUGCAGCCACCCCCCUCUUCUUUAGGACCCCCCACCUCUAACAGCAGCAGCCGCCGCCGCGCCCCUCUACGAGGAAAACUCCACCAAACGACCAAAAAAAAAAAAAAAAAAAAAAAAAACAAAAAAAACCCCACCCCGAAACAAAAAAAAAAGCAAAGGAGGGGGGAGGGAGUGUGCAAAGAAAAGGACCACCGAGCUUCAAACCCGGCUGUGGGGUGGCAGACGGCGGCUGCUGUCCGACGGUGCGGGCGUACGGUGGGAGCCCCCCCGGCAGCCGCGCUCCGAGCCCCGGCGCGCCGCCACCGCCCGCCCGCCGCCCCCCGCCGGCAGCCACCAUGAACAAGCUGUAUAUUGGGAACCUAAAUGAGAGCGUGACUCCGGCCGACUUGGAAAAAGUCUUCAACGACCAUAAGAUUUCUUUCAGCGGGCAGUUUUUGGUUAAGUCCGGUUAUGCCUUUGUGGACUGCCCCGACGAGCAAUGGGCCAUGAAAGCCAUCGAAACUUUUUCGGGGAAAGUGGAGCUGCAUGGAAAACAGCUAGAGAUUGAACACUCAGUACCUAAAAAGCAAAGGAGCCGGAAAAUUCAAAUCAGAAAUAUCCCACCCCAGCUGCGAUGGGAGGUUCUGGAUGGCUUGCUAGCACAAUAUGGCACUGUAGAAAACUGUGAGCAAGUGAACACAGACAGUGAGACUGCUGUGGUCAAUGUCACCUAUACAAACAGGGAGCAGACCAGGCAAGCCAUCAUGAAGCUGAAUGGGCACCAGCUGGAGAACCAUGUGCUGAAAGUCUCCUACAUCCCUGACGAGCAGUCUGUGCAGGGCCCAGAAAAUGGGCGACGGGGUGGCUUUGGGGCCCGGGGUGCCCCCCGGCAGGGCUCCCCUGUCACUGCAGGAGCUCCAGUCAAGCAGCAGCCCGUAGACAUCCCACUCCGUCUGCUGGUGCCCACACAGUACGUGGGUGCCAUCAUUGGCAAGGAAGGGGCCACCAUCAGGAACAUUACCAAGCAGACACAGUCCAAGAUUGAUGUGCACCGUAAGGAGAAUGCAGGAGCUGCAGAAAAAGCCAUCAGCAUCCACUCCACCCCUGAGGGCUGCUCCGCUGCCUGCAAAAUGAUCUUGGAGAUCAUGCAGAAGGAGGCAAAGGACACGAAGACAGCUGAUGAAGUGCCUCUGAAAAUCUUGGCCCAUAACAACUUUGUGGGGCGCCUGAUUGGCAAAGAAGGGCGAAACUUGAAGAAAGUGGAGCAGGAUACGGAGACAAAAAUCACCAUUUCAUCCUUGCAGGACCUGACCCUGUACAACCCUGAAAGAACAAUCACAGUGAAGGGCUCCAUCGAGAACUGCUGCAAAGCAGAGCAGGAGAUCAUGAAGAAAGUGAGAGAAGCCUACGAGAACGAUGUCGCAGCCAUGAGCCUGCAAUCUCAUCUCAUCCCUGGCCUCAACCUGGCUGCUGUUGGCCUCUUCCCUGCCUCCUCCAACGCAGUACCUCCUCCUCCCAGCAGCGUCUCUGGGGCUGCUCCAUACAGCUCUUUCAUGCCUCCAGAGCAGGAGACCGUACACGUCUUCAUCCCUGCCCAAGCAGUUGGUGCCAUCAUUGGCAAGAAGGGCCAGCACAUCAAGCAGCUCUCCCGGUUCGCAAGUGCCUCUAUUAAGAUCGCACCCCCAGAGACGCCGGACUCCAAAGUGCGCAUGGUGGUCAUCACAGGCCCUCCAGAAGCUCAGUUUAAGGCACAAGGCAGGAUUUAUGGGAAGCUGAAGGAGGAGAACUUCUUUGGGCCGAAGGAAGAAGUGAAGCUGGAGACGCACAUCCGUGUCCCUGCCUCGGCUGCAGGGAGGGUUAUCGGCAAAGGGGGCAAAACUGUCAAUGAGCUGCAGAACCUGACGGCUGCAGAAGUGGUGGUUCCACGGGAUCAGACCCCCGAUGAGAAUGAGCAGGUGAUUGUGAAGAUCAUCGGGCACUUCUAUGCCAGCCAGAUGGCACAGCGUAAAAUCCGGGACAUCCUGGCCCAGGUGAAGCAGCAGCACCAGAAGGGACAGAGCGGCCAGCUGCAAGCGAGGAGGAAAUGAGAGCAGCACUGACACCAAUGUGAAAAGUGGAACAAGCCAAUGCCAGGCUUAAGAGUGGCUGGGAAUCAGUUACCAUAGACAGAUGCAAUUAUUUUCAUUAACUGGUCGACACUAAAAGGCAGUUUGAUUGGCUUUCAAGGCAAGAGGGAUGGGGCUAAGAACCAGACCGUACCGUCUGACCCCUUUUUAGCUCCAUGUGCUGACACUGUACUGAACUGAAGUGGGAGGUGCUGCAGGGCUGGGGGAUGGAGCCCAACACCAGGCACUGCACUCAGCCCCUGCAGGCACUGCCUGCCCCUCAUCUCAGGGCCUUUGGGGCUCCCCCCCAGCUCUAUCUCCCCAUCCUUCCCUCAGUCCCUUCCCUGUGGCUGAUGGAUGUUCCCAGAGUGAUGUUAAACCUUUGGGAUCUGUUUUUUUUUAAAUUCUUUUUGGGGUUUUAUUUUUCUCCCUUUAUUUUUUUUUUUUUUUCUUUUUUUUUCCUUUUUUUUCCCUUUUAAUUUUUAAGAUAUUCCAGUGGACCAUCACCAACCCCCCCCCAUCCCUCCACCAGUAACAAGAUCCAUUGUGAGGGACUGAAGGAAGGGGGGAGGAAAACCCCAUAGCACCAAUUGAAUUUGGAUCCCCUGGGAGCUCUGCAACCCUCCAUACCAGCAGCACCCAAGGGUGGGCAGAAGGUUUCCUCUCCCCUGCGCUGUGUGUGCAGUUCAAUGCCUUCUGAAGCCUUAAGAACCAAGACACGACCUCAGUUUUUUUUCAGGACAACUCUUUAGUUUUUCAUUUGGUUGAAUGUUUCUUUAUGUAACAUUGAUUUACUUGAAAGGAGUUGGUUUUUUUGGGGGGGAAUUUUGGGCUCAUUUUCCCUUUUUUUUUUUGUCUUUGUGGGUUUUUUUUUGCUUGUUUUGUUUUUGGCCUAUGAACUAAUGGCAGAAUGGGGAUGCAGAGCUUUAACUGCAGAGGUGCUGACCUGGGAAUGGGCAAGGGAAGUGCUUUGCUUUUUUUUUCACCCCCUUCCCUCUGAGCAACAGCAAUAAAACAUAGGAACAAAGCACAACCCGUUUGGUAGGAAGCAUGAAUGAACAUCCAUCCUUCAGUAAUCCAUUUAUGGGAAAUGGGAGCUAAAACAGAUCUGGGGUUCAGAACCAAAGGGAUUUGGGGCUUUGCUGGGACCGGGGCUCAGCCUCAGCUUCCCCUCCCAGUACAGAUUUGAGCCCUGAAAUCCCAUUGGUAUCUCCUGUGUGUGGCUGAGCCCACUAAGUGAAUCUUUCCUGGGAGGGGGGAAAAGCACUCAGGGGAAUGGAAUAUUUUCAUUAGCAAAGCUGGGGGAUGCAGGUUGGUGUUAACCCUCAUGGGGCUGUUUGUGGUGUAUCCCAACCUCCCCCCGCUGCCCCAAAUCUCUCCAGAUUGGGGCGAAAAAAAACCCAAAAACCCUAUUCUUUAAAAUUUGGCAUAUCUGAAGAUAUAUUUUUUUUUCUUCUUUUUAAAACAAAGCCCACAGUCACCACCACCCUCUUCUUUCUGCAGCAGGAACAGCCCCUCUCACACGACCAUACCAAAUAGAUCCGUCAAACGAAUGUAAGGUGGUUCCUGAUUCCCGUCACUCUUAGGAGGAUUUUAUAUUUUAGAUAUAUUUUAAUGGUUUGUUUUUAAUAUUUUGAGUAUUGGGAAGGGACAGUAACUGCUGCGACCGCCCCAUGCAGGGCCGGGUCUCGUCUCUAUGGGGCUGUGUGUGCACCGUGCUGCCCCUAUACCCGGCCCUAUUGGGGGCUCAGUGCUGGUGCUGUCCCACAAACUGGGGGAGCAGGGGGAGAAAGCAAAAAGCUCUGAUCACAUUGGGGACAGCGGGGCGAGCCCCGAAGGAGGUGAUAAGGAGGGAGGUGGGGGGUGGGAGGGGAGGGGGGUGAACCUCGCACUGAUUUCUGUACUAUUUCUUCUUAAAGCCAGACUGAUCCCAUUGAGCUGAGAUGGGACACAGCAGCGGUUACUGUCCCUGAGGGGGCACUGCAGCAGCAGCAGUGGGGUGAGGCCAGGAGUUGGGGUGAGGUAUAGCCGUGUGUUUGAGCAACAAGAGAGGGGAAAAAGACAUAACAAAGAGGGAAAAAAAAAGAGAGAAAAGGAUAAAAAAAAAGCUACCUCAAGGUAUGACGUUACCUCAGCAGUUGAAUUUUUUUUUGUUGUUUCUUUUUUUUUUUUUUUUUUUUUUUGUGGGGGGCUUGCUGGUAUUUUAUAUAAAAAAAAAGAAAAAGCUGAUAGUCUUGAAUAUUUUAUUUUUUUAAUGAAAAAGAGAAGUUAAGUUGUUCGUGAUUUCUUGUGAGCCAGGAGAGCUGCGCCCGGGGUCCCCAGGUGUGAUUGAUGAUGAUGAUGAUGAUGAUGAUGAUGAGCUCUCUAUGGAGAACGACAGAGAUCUCAGCCAUAGUGGAAAUGAUGGCAGCACGGAUGGUGUUGGCCUUUCCCAAAGCCAGGCAGAAAUGCCAACGCAACACGUGAGCUGUUGGAUGUCGCAGCUCUUUGAGACCUUGGACAAAUGGGAACCCGCUGAUGGUUUUUCAAUUGGAAAGACUUUCAUUCUUUCUUCUUUUCUUUUCUCCACGUGCGAAAACAAAGGAAGAGGAAACAAAACCAACAGCAAAACCACUGGAUGACAAAAGUCCAUCCAUCUCCAUUGGGAAACCAAACAGCUGAAGAGCUUGGGAUUGGGAAUCUUCCACUGUGGGCAAUGAGGAUGGAGUUGCCUUCACAAAGCGCUCUUGGAAUGGAGCUCAGCACCGUAUGAGGCACACUGAGCCACCCCAACCACCCAAGGUGGUGUCCUACAGCCAUAUGGACCACCAGAAACCAAACCCAUAUGGAGCUCCAUAAACCAAACCCAUAUGGACCGCCCUAGCGGUGCUGCCAUGGAGGCAACGGCCGCCCGUCUUCUCCAUUAUGAUGCUGGUAAACUCAUUGCAGAGAUUUGCCUCAGUUUUACCGAGGAUAAAGCAAGUUAAAAAAAAUAAGAAAAGGCAAAAAAAAAAGGAAAGAGGGUGGGGGGGGGAAGGGCAGAUAAAUGGAAAGCAACUUUUCUUCUACAAACGCACACGGAGGAGAGAGAAAGAUAGAACGACCCUCACGAAUAACAGGCACGGACCUCACACCUCACCCUACAUGCUUGAAAAGGUUCUUCUCUUUACGUGCCAUCUUGCUGUUAUUGUCACCGUCCCUGCAGGAAAACGACCCAUUUUUGCAUUGGAUGAGAACGUGGAAAUUGAGGUGCAUGGGGACGUGGGUGAUCCCUUGCAGUGGGCGGUGGGCUGCCUUUGGUCCCAGCUGGGGCUGCCGUUGUGUCCUAUAGGGAAAUGGUUUCUCACUUGUGUUAAUCUCUGGCUCUCUACUUCUUACAGCUUUGGACAGCUCAGUGUUAUUCAGACAUCGGUGAUGAUAAGAACUGUAUUUUUUUCCCCACAGCAAGCUUUUUUUUUUUUAUUUUUAUUUUAUUUUGAUUUUGAUAACUGGUGCAAAGUGUAUCAUUGAGGAGAAAAAAAGACCCAUUUCCCCCUCCCUCCCCCCAGUCCUGUUCCUCUGGUUGUUGCAUGGAUAAGAUCCAGAUCCAGACACGUACCUAAACCUGAUGGUGACUCAGGGAAACCUGUGAUGCUUUCCCCCCAUUGCUGUGCUGCCAUCCCAGUGCUACCCCACGCUGCUCCCAUUGCCAUCCCCUUGUGGGAGCUGUGCUCUAUGGUGCUGUCCCAAGGGCUGGGAGGUUCUUUAGGGGCUGCUUUGUUUUUUCUAAGGGUGGCUGCUAAGAAGGGGCAGGGCUGCCUUUGGUGGUAUCCCUUCAAUCCCUGCUUAAAUUCCUGCUGAUGUCCCAUGGAGUUCAGUAGGACUUGUGCCUUUCUCCUGCCUGGAUCCCUGCCCCAGGGAAGGAGAUGUGAGCUUUGAAUCAGGGAUGCCCAUCAGCAGGAAGGGAGAAGGAACCCUGCUGCCUGUUAGCUGCUUACUUUGCACUGGGGAAGGGGGGGGAAGCAGCUUAGGGGAAAACACCCCACUUUGAAAGCAAGAAAAUCAUCCCCCCACCUACUGAAUGAUAAGAACCCGAUAGCAGCAGGGAUCGGGCAGGUGCUCACUCAUAGCACAGCUUUGCUAAGGACCAGAAGGGCAGCAGCAUCCUCAGCUUUCUGCCUCCUGAACUGCCCUUUGCUUUCCCUACAGAAAUCCUUUUGGGUUUAUAUAUUUAAUUUCUUCUACAUUGAGAAAGCAGCGAGCCCAACCCUGCCCUACUGUGGACUGUGAGUUUGGGGUCUUCCUCCUCUGGGGGCUGAGCUUUGACCUGAGGAUGUGGGGAACAUCUAGGAUAGGAGAAGGGGGAAUGGGAGCACGCAGGUGUUCUGCUCCCCAGGGCUGAGGAAUUCCUAUUGGUGCUGAGGGUGGAAAGGAAGCAAAAAUAAUGAGGAGAAUUCCUCUGUGCCUCGGUUUCUCCUCGCUGGGGCUCAUGCUGCUCACCUACCUCACAGGGUACUGCCCACAGCCCCGUGCCCCCCAAAGCACUUUGUGGUCCUCAGUGCCAUGCACCGGGCAAAGUGAUGCUGCGUGGGUGAUGGGGUUUGUAUUAAUGCUGUCAGGAUGUUGUGUUGUCUUUCAGCUGGAGGCAAAUUAAAAACAAAACCAAAUAAACCCCACCAAAAAAAAUCAA